AACAAACAAAAGUCAAAAACCAAACACAUCCCAUGUCUCGAUUCACAGUUUUCCUUGUCGUUGUUCUUCAGAAAACUCAGCUCUAAUCCUGAAACUUUCAUCAAAUGGGUAUCUUAAAAUUCUACUCUUUCCCCUUAACAUGUUGAUGUGUGCUUGAUCAAUGAUCAUCAUCUCUUAACAAGUGGAAAAAAAUUCAUGGCACCCAGAAUUCUUUCCCUUCUUAUAUCCCUCUUGUUCAUUUCAACUUGUGGCAGUGUCCAACAUCAUGAAGAGGAUGGCUUCAUCUCUGUGGUGAUAUCUGAUAAGGGCCUUGAUUUUGCUAAGGAUUUUGUGAUAGACAAGGCUGUUGCCUCUAUAGUUCAAUCUCAGCUGCCAGAAAUUGAGAAGACUGUCAAAGUUCCACUUGUUGGAAAAGCUAACGUGAUUCUUUCUGAUAUCACAAUCAACGAUAUCCAAGUUAGUUCUUCAUCUGUUAACACAGGAGACACAGGAAUUGUUCUUGUCAUUUCAGGUGCAACUGCUAAUCUGACCCUGAAGUGGAGGUACACUUGCAGCAGUUGGUUAGUCCCAGUUGGAAUUUCAGAUAGUGGAACAGCUACUGUGAAGGUUGAAGAUUUGCAAGUGGGGCUUACUGUAAAUUUGAGGAACCAAGAAGGAACGCUUAAGUUGAACCUCUUAGAUUAUGGAUGCCAUGUAGGAGAUUUGACUAUAAAGUUGAACGGUGGAGCAGCUUGGCUUUACCAAGUGCUUGUAGAUGCUUUUGAAGGGAACAUAGCAUCUGCUGUUGAAAAGGCCAUUUCUAAGAAAAUAACAGAAGGGAUAGCAACCCUUGACAAUUCAUUACAAUCUCUUCCGAAGACAAUCUCAUUAGACAAAACUGCUGUUCUAAAUGUUUCUUUUGUGGACAAUCCUGUUCUGAGUAAUUCUUCUGUUGAACUUGCAAUUAAUGGCUUAUUCACAGGGAGAAACGAUGUUUUAGUAACUGAAGAAUACCACAAAAGAUCAGAAGUUUCUGUUUCCUAUGGUAGUGUACCAAAGAUGAUAAAGAUUUCAUUACAUGAAAAUGUUUUCAAAUCAGCUUCCAUAGUUUACUUCAAUGCAGAUAAGUUGCAAUGGAUUGUUGAUGAACUACCUGAUCAGGCGUUUUUGAACACUGCUGAAUGGAAAAUCCUUAUUCCGCAAUUAUACAAGCUAUAUCCAAAUGAUGACAUGAAUCUUAAUGUCUCUAUAACCUCUCCACCAGUUAUAGAAGUGUCAGAUCAAGAUAUUGGUGCUACCAUUUUGACAGAUAUAAUAAUUGAUGUUCUGGAAGCUCAUGAAGUGAUUCCUGUUGCAUGCAUCUCAGUGGAAAUUAGUGCUACGUUUGCUGUGGGAGUCAUAGGAAACAAUCUUGCUGGUUGGCUUAAACUAAGGAAAUUUUCUACAUACUUAAGAUGGAGCAAAAUAGGGAAAGCACAUGCAUACAAUUUGCAGUCACUAACGUCAAGUAUCCUCAAAACUGUGCUCAUACCAUACCUGAAUUUGCAGUUACAGAAGGGAAUUCCACUGCCAAAUCUUAAUGGGUUUUCCCUUGAGAAUGCUCGUAUCUUGUAUUCUCCACCAUGGAUUGGAGUGUUUAGUGACGUUUCCUUCUCAGGAGACUACUAUCUUACACAGCUUGCAUCUAAUGUAUCACAAAGUUUUUCUCAGAGUGUACUUUAUUAAUAAGGGAAUGAAUAACUAGUUAUUGUUAAGAUUGCUAUCUUGGAAUCAGCUUCUUGUAUAUAUUCCCUCUUUGGUGUAGCUUUGGGUUUAGUCCUUUAGACAUUACUCUGUCCUGUGUUGUUGAAAAAUUGUCAACAGUGAAUCCUCCUUUUGGGAAUGCUGUAGAGGCUCUUAGUUAUUAUUUGAACAAGAGGUUGAUAUUUUUAUUUGUAAAUUUAUGCAAAUAAUGCUAUUACUUAUGUAAGAAGGAACACUUUUCAGAAAUAAACAUUUUUUUCUCUGCCCUA